UGUGGUCGUCCUAUCUCUGCACCGUUUGCUACCAUCUCCAGACACGAUAGAUACAGAAAAAGCGGCUGCCAUGUCACUCAUCAUUUGCGCUAAAAAAGCACAUUACCUCGACUUCCGCACACAAAAGUUGCAUUGGGUCGGAAGCCUCGGAAAUGCAACGGGUCCGCGCGGGAGGUUUGGGUUGCGAACUUCGCAGUGAUCUCGGAUCAGUGCGUAGUUAUCAGGCUAGUGAGCUGGAAGCUAUUCCACUUAUGCAACAAGUGAUGUCGGCUCAAAAUGGAAACUUUGAUAUCGUACGCUCAGGAAUCAGCAACUCUUGUUCACCUCAGCAUUUGCCUCGAAGCCGGGAGUGUGACUACAGUAGUCUUCUACGAAAUCAAAAUCAAGUUUCAAGCAACUUAGUUGUCGGAAUGGAGAUGCUCAGCAAUCGGAUGAUGGCCGAUGCGUACCUGGCAGCCGCAAGGGCAGCAUCUGCGGCAGUCGCCGCUUCCGUGAUCAGCGGUAGCACAGAUACCUAUGCCCCAAGUACUCAGAUCACAAACGACCUGGCCCCCUCCCCGGUACAUGAAACGAGCGAAAGAGAUAAACAGUCACUGGAUACUAGUCAACAGAGUUCUGUUCCAGCAGAAACUGCUUCGACCUCAUCUGGGCACAUGGAACACAUGACCAAUGGGCUAAAGCCUGGUCGCAGAGGCUCCAAUCAGCUCAUAGGCGCAACUAAUGUCAAAACGGGCUUUGGAAGGCCAUACGAAGAAAGGCAUUCAGCACAGUUACUCAUUCCGAGCAACACUCGCGGAUCCAGGUCAUCGAUGCAGGUCGGAUCCCCUUGGGGAAGUGUGUCCGGCUCUUCCCUCACCAGUCACGCGAGUUUGGAAGCAGCGGCCAGAGCGGCGGCCGCAGCUGCGGUCGCCUCCGUUAUGCAACACAUGAGUACAAGCUUUGUGAUGCAUCACGCCGCGUCGUCGAACAAUUUGAACGUGCAUCCCUAUUUUCCAACAAGACCGGCAUCUCGAGCUGCCUCCGUCGCCGGGCCACCCGGAAAAGCUGGGAUGGAGAGCGGAGACGGCGAGAGUCUACAUUCGGCUGCAUUCGGACCACGAUACACACCAAAUGUUUGCAGCACGACCGGAGAGCUAACUCCAACCUCAAGUCUAUCACCUUUGGAUCCAUCCAUCUUAAUGACAUCCGGUACACACCAGCUGACCGUUCCAGUUAUUCAACGUCAAUCACCGUUACAUCGAGCAUUCGGUCCGAUGCAACACAUAGACUCACAAUUUGGUUCUCGUCAUGCCAUUGGGAAUAAGCCGCCAGGACAUCACAUGCUGUCGAGGAUCGAACAAACAGGAGCGCACAAGCCUCAGGUGUACGGUGCCGGAUCCCGAGAAGGCGUAACUCAACGCACUGUGCCAAACAGGGUUCAAUUACCCCAUGGACGUCAAGCCGGAUUCAUGUACUCACAGCCUGUAACCAUAUUUCAUCCAACUCAACAGGGGUUGCUACCUAUCCAUACUCAGUACACAGGAAUAAUGCCAGGUUUUAGUUACUCUUCAAAUCAAACUUACCACCAGCCACAACCCCACUACCUCCAACAGCAGACAUCUUUCCAACCCUCCUCAACUGGUAAUGAAACUACAUUACCAUCUAUAUCGAGUCCAAGUCGAUCAGAUACUCCGACAACUCAGUCAGAUGUGACCACACGGCCCCAAAGCACUGACACACAAAGCAGAGACCGGGAACCGUUAAACCAUGUCAUGUCGCAGAACUUAACACUGAACGGGCCCCGUCCCUCAACACAAGAAUACGUGCAUAAUCCAGCCCCAAUAGUCCACGAGGAGAAUCUUGUUCACAGGGAGGUUGGUGUUGGCGGUUACCGCUCUGGAGAUGUGAACAAGACCCCCAGCAACUUGGAGCAUGGGGCUGCGACCCCAAAGUUUGGGCGGAAAUUAUCCACGAAAAGGUCCCCAAACGAAUCAGAUGAACAAGAUACACUCGAAAGGCGCCUUCAUCCUGGUAUUUGUUGCCGCGACAACCUCACAACUGCUGAGACGAACAGUUUGUUAACAAACCACGACAACGAACAAUCAGUGCAACCGAACGAAGAACCACCAACAACACCGAAGAACAUUCCUACCCAUUCCUUGCGAAAGUCCCCUGUGGGUGCAUCGUUGCAUGCUAUUGGCAAUGACUGCAAACUAUCAGACGAUGAACAACAACAGCAGCAGCCGUUUAAAACAGAACACCCGAUACUCCCCGUGGUCAAAUGCGAAAGCCGACAAGUUUCGCAUAAAAAACAGCCGAGAUUGGGGGUUCAUUCUCCUAGACGAGCGAACAAGCCGUACGAAGAAAGGACGUACAACAGUCAUGAAGGAGACAGAUCACCGCCGACACUCAAGUCCAGUCAGUUAGAAUAUGCGGUUCAGGCUAGUACUGAAUGUAACAAUACGAGUACCCACCUCUUAUUAGCAACCCUCCCGAACGGCAACGGUUGUCCAUAG